ACCAACUUAUUCCAGUUUUGACUGUAUUUUGUUCACCUGCUGUGUCUACUCUACUUGUUUGCCGUGUUGUAUUUAUAUAUUUAUAUCGCAUUGUAGUCUUUAAAACUUUUUCGUAUCUUUACGUAAUUUUGUUUUGGUCUUAAUUGAAUUUAUUUUGUCUUUAUUGUGCUGUCACUGUACAGCACAUAAUCGAAAAUUACAUUUAUUGAUCAAAAUUAAAAACAAUAUAAUUGAUUACGGUGAAAACUGAAUAAGCGGGAAUAAGACAAGUAUAAUAAAAAAUACAGUAAAAAUGGCCUGCAACCAUUCUAGACAAUUACUUAGAUAUGUAACCGAAUUUACAAUCAAACCAGCAAGACAUUAUGGAACUACUAAGAGGGUUGUGGCAGUUAAUCCUGUUGUAGAUAUGGAUGGAGAUGAAAUGACUCGCAUUAUUUGGGAAAAAAUAAAGGAAAAACUAAUUUUCCCAUAUGUCAAGCUAGACAGCCUUUACUUCGACUUGGGCCUGCCCCACCGUGAUGCGACUAAUGACCAGGUGACCAUCGACGCAGCUAACGCCAUCCUCAAACACAAUGUGGGAAUUAAGUGUGCCACUAUUACACCCGAUGAACAGAGGGUUGAAGAGUUCAAGUUGAAGAAGAUGUGGUUGAGCCCAAAUGGGACGAUCCGUAACAUUCUCGGCGGGACCGUGUUUCGAGAACCUAUCUUGUGUAAAAGCAUUCCACGUGUGGUGCCUGGCUGGACCAAGUCUAUAGUUAUAGGCCGUCAUGCUCAUGGAGAUCAAUACAAGGCACAGGACUUCGUAGUACCUAAACCAGGAAAGGUGGAACUAGUCUACACAGCGGCAGAUGGAACGACACAGAAAUAUUUAUUGUUCGACUUCAAAUCGCCCGGUAUCGCUCAAGGCAUGUACAAUACCGACGAAUCUAUACGCGCCUUCGCACACUCCAGUUUUCAGGUGGCACUACAAAAGAAAAUACCUCUGUAUUUGUCUACAAAGAAUACGAUCCUCAAGCGUUACGACGGCAGAUUCAAAGAUAUUUUCGAAGAAAUUUAUCAAAGCAACUACAAAAAGCAAUUUGAAGAUGCGAAGAUUUGGUACGAACACCGCUUGAUUGAUGACAUGGUGGCGCAGGCGAUCAAAGGAUCUGGUGGAUUCGUGUGGGCCUGCAAGAACUACGAUGGCGAUGUCCAGUCAGAUGUUGUAGCUCAGGGCUACGGAUCGCUGGGUAUGAUGACAUCAGUGUUAAUGUGCCCAGAUGGUAAAACGGUCGAGUCAGAGGCUGCUCACGGCACCGUUACGCGUCACUACCGUAUGCAUCAGCAAGGCAAGCCAACGUCAACGAAUCCUGUUGCAUCUAUCUAUGCAUGGACUAGAGGCCUCAUCCACCGUGCCAAGCUAGACAAUACGCCUGAAUUGGAAAGAUUCGCCAUUGCUCUGGAGGAGGCUUGCGUGGAAUGCAUCGACAGCGGUAAGAUGACUAAGGACCUUGUAAUUUGCAUCCAUGGACUGGAAAAUACUAAGGAAGGCAUGUAUUUACACACCGAAGAUUUCCUUUUAGCAAUUGCUGACCAACUGGAGCACAAACUUUCGAAGUGAAGGAUACUUACUAGUUAAAAAUUAAUUAAUUAGCAAAUAGAUAUUUUCUGAUUUCUUUAUGCAUGAUUAAUGAAAUUAUAGAUGUUUUAUACAUCACCAUUCCUAUAAAAUAUUUAGUAUUAGCAAAAUAAUAUUUUCCAUAGAAUAACUGGAAAUGAUAUGAUAACUGAUAACUAGUGUUGUAUGAAAAUAUAAGUAAAUUAAUGUAUAUACAUUGUGAGUAACCUCACAGAACUGAGCGUACAAUGAAAUUAAAAAAAACUAAGGGUUAAUAUAAUACUCAAUGCGAAUUAUAUUCCCGCGAAUUAUUUUCGCACGCUUUUUUAGCGUAUAACUUUGUAAUAUUUUAGUUAAUCAGUGGUGGAAAAACUGGAGAGCCACGGUAAUGGUUGAGUAUAUAAAAUUACCACUAAUUGAAUUAUUUUUUGACUCUUAUUCUUAUUAACUUUUUGUUUACUAAGAAAACAAAAUUAAACCAUUUCUUUAUACUAUGAUAAUUUUGAUAAAGUAGCUACCAUGGUGAUACAUUAAAUUCUAAAUAGUUUACUGUAGUUGUAUAAAAUCACCUCGUAAUAGUUUAAACUCAAGAUCUUAUUAGUAGGAUAUCAAAUUCUAUUGCAUCUGACUUUAUAAAUUAUCGUUUUGAAAUCAAUAACCUGUUAUUCAUAAUAAACAUUUCACUAGAAAUUAUUACAUUAAUCACGCCGGUUAUAUGAUUAUUUUAUAGAUAAAUGUGUUUAUGUCGAAACAAGGAUCAAACAUGAGAUAAUGAGUAUAGUUAAUGCACUAAAUAACUCAGAUUAGUGAUAAUUACAAUCACCUUG